UCGUCCCUCCGUUCCUCCGCGUGUCAAAAGCGGGAACAUUUGCGGUCGGAUCUCGGACGUCCAAAGCGACGCAGACGCUAAAACUUCUUGCCGCGGCGGGGGCAUGCGUCGCUACCGGGGCUGGCAUAGCGUAUUAUUCGUGUUCAUUUCGGGGUAUGCCCGGCGACCUGGCAAGCCACGCCGAGGCUACAGUUUUACAUCUGGCGUUGCCGUCAGUCUCCGCGAUCGACAAGCCCAGGCCAUACGAUUUAGAUGAUGGAGACGUAUACAUGUCAUCCUAUGAGAACAGAUUCCGCUUGUUCAGUUCGGUGGAAUACGAGGGCCAGCUCUACAUGACCCCUCUCAAUUUCAUCGAGUCAGUCACCCUGACUGAGCCCAAGACUAAAAGGAAAUGGAAGUCCCUCACAAAAAAGGAAUUGGAGAAGACUCUGGUUGAUACCCCGCCUGUUUGGAAAGGCUCAUCUAAUUUGUUUAGAAACCUUCGUGAACGAGGUGUCAUCAGUUACACAGAGUACCUCUUCCUGCUCUGCAUCUUAACAAAGCCCCAUGCCGGCUUUAAGAUCGCUUUCAACAUGUUUGACGCAGAUGGAAAUCAGAUGGUGGACAAAAGGGAGUUCUUGGUGCUGGAGGAGAUUUUCCGCAAGCAAAAGGACAGAAAGGAAAGUGCAGAGGACGUGCAGCGAUCUGAUCAUCAGAGCCUGCAGCUGUAUGGUCAUCGGAAAUCUUACGCACACAGUGUGGAUGAACGUUUGACAGAGACUACGCUGUUGGUGCAUUUCUUUGGCAAAAAAGGAAAGGCAGAGUUGAACUUUGAAGAUUUUUAUAAAUUCAUGGACAACCUGCAGACAGAGGUGCUCGAGAUAGAGUUUCUCUCCUACUCUAAAGGCAUGCCCACCAUUAGCGAGGAAGACUUUGCUCGUAUCCUCCUUCGCUAUACCAACGUGGACGACAUCAGCGGAUACUUGGAAAACCUGCAACAGAGCACACCGGAUGAUAAGGGAAUCACCUUUGAGGAGUUCAGGUCCUUCUUCCAGUUCCUGAACAACCUGGAGGACUUUACCAUUGCCAUGCAGAUGUACAACUUUGCCAGCCGCUCUGUUGGGCAAGAUGAGUUCACUCGUGCUGUCUAUGUGGCUACAGGCCUCAAGCUGACCCAGCAUGUGGUCAACACGGUCUUCAGGAUCUUUGAUGAGGAUCAUGACGAUAAGCUCAGCUAUAAGGAGUUUAUCGGCGUCAUGAAGGACCGGCUGCAUCGUGGAAGGAGGGGCGUCCGAGUGGAGGAGAAGUUCACAUCUUUCAAGAGCUGUUUGAAGAAGCAACUUUCCGGGAAAUAGGUUAAAAUGUCUGCAUCGCUGGACCUCUUAUCUGGAUGAGCCCCCUCGCCUCAAAGAGGACUAAACAGAAAUGUAUUUUAUACAGGUGCAAUCAGGGGACAAGGAGCAGUGCACGCCUGCUGCAACUGCACGAGGUGUCAUGUUGCACAGCCUCAGAACUCUUAAAAAUAGGAUGUGGUACAAAAUAGAAGACGGUGAACCGAAAGUGAAGCCAAAGCAAAGGGUCAAAGAAAAAUUUUUGAAAUUUGUUUAACCUUAUAGGCAUCUUCAGUCACACGGGAUUGCAGGCUGCAGAGGGGUAAACUGUAAUCACUGCACUAAUUUCAUAGUUGUAUAGUUUAGUUGUUUAUCUAUACCAGCAUAUCCCUGGUCCAGUGAUAUCAAACUGUUUAUUACCUCUAUUUAAGAAUUCAUUCGCAGAUUUUUAUUUGGUUUCUUAUUUCUGAUCUUAUUUAUUUCCCUUAAAGGUCAAGUGAUUUUAGUGGUUUGCCACUGCUCUGCCAAUGUAUAUAUAUUUUCAAUUUGGUUCCCGUCCUGCUCCAUGCCUGAUAAGCUUUCUGCACAGUGGUAACAUUGCAAACAUGCCUUUUUUUUUUCUUGGCUCUUUUGGCUCUGUAGCCCCCUGCACAGAUCAGCUUACGCAGGAACAGCGCCUCCCCACCUCCUUCCUCCCUUCUCCCUCCCGAAGGGCUGCAGCUAAGAUUGCACAGUAACCCCCAGAGCCAGAGGGCCUAUAACAGGGUUGUAUCAGUGGCUUUCGUUGAUUACCUACCGGCAGCUAACAUUAAUUAAUCAUUUUCACAGUACAGCCGAAGAUGUCAAAUGUUGGUUAAUGGGGACAUGUGAACAGAAUGCUUUUUUUUCUUACCACUGGCAGGAUUGACUUCUUGAUAAAUAUGCAAAACACUGAAGCUAUAAAUGAAUGCUAUCUGCAGGGCAUUGAAAUUAUGUAACCGUUGGUUUUGGAGUAAUGCAUUAAUGGCCUUCUUUUUUUUUUUUUGCUUGGCCCAAACCCCACCCCAAGGAAUAGCAUAGCUUACCAUAUUUAUAAACCUUAAAGAAAUAUUUUCUUCUUCACACACAUUUCUGCUUGUCACAUGUUAAAGGCUACUUGAUAAGUAUCUUAGUGCAAUAGUUAUACAUUAUGUUAAAGAUUUGAAUCGUGGCUAUUGUGUUUUGACCGUCUGCUGGGUAUCACUCAGAGUGAUUUAUUUGUUUGUCAACUCAAUUUGCACGAAAUGGGUAACCAUUUGUGCAGGCGAUGUGAAGUGGAUGAUUAAAAUGUGUUAAGCUAAGCUAGUAAAAGUUUUGAAAACAUCUCUAUCAUAUAUGUAUAGUAUAUCAUUGUUUACAUAGUUGAAGGUCAGACUCACAAUAUCAUAAGUCUGUUACAUUUAUACUGAGAGUGCAAUAAAUGAAGAC